AUGACCUCCGUCGAGGCCCCCCCCCGCCCCACCAGCCUGAAGAAGCUGGGCUUCGUGCCCGAGGCCAGCGCCCGCAGCUACGAGAUCGCCACCAACAUCUACAGCACAGCGAAAAGCUACGUGCCAGCCAGCCUGCAGCCCCGCAUCGAGAAGGUCGAGGAGACUGUGACGAACGCCAGCGCCCCGUACGUGACCAAGGCCCAGGACAAGGGCGCCGAGCUGCUCAAGGCCGCGGACGAGCGGGUUGACAAGGCCAUCGGCCAGGCCAGCCAGGUGUACGCCAACAACUCCGCCUUCGUGGCCGCCACCGUGGACCGCCAGAAGGCCUACCACGCCCAGAACCUGGAGUCGUACAAGGCCGCACGCGAGCACUACCUCAAGGUAGUGGAGCAGGGCGUGGACUACCUGAAGCGCGAGGGCCUGGGCGGCGCCACGCGCGCCGCGGUGGACGAGGUGUCGGCGCGGCUGGCCGACGCGCGUGCUGUCCCCGGCCUGGUCCUCACCCGGCUGCAGGAGUCGGUGGACCGCCUGCUGCGCCUCGCCCCCGUGCACCGCGCAGUGGAGGGCCUCAAGCCCGGCGUGGACGCAGCCUACUCGCGCUAUGCGGCCCUGCACGACGGCGUUGUCUCCUCCCCCCAGUACAAGCGCGCACUGGCCGCGGGGCAGAACGUGCUGGCCCGGGCCCAGGCCACGCAGCUGUACGCGCGGUCUCGCUCCGCGCUCUACCCCUACGUCGCGCCCUACGCGGAGCCCGCCGCGCAGCGCCUGCAGCCCUACUACCUGCGCGUCGUGGAGCACCUCGCGCCCAAGGACGCCUGA